AUGAGCAGUCUGGCCAGGCAGACUUAUCUCCUCCGAGUUGCCUCCUCAGGACCUCGUGGAGUUGUCAAACGACGAAACGAUGUAACAGGGUGCUAUCAUGCACACAGAUCAUUUAGUUCACGCUCUGAUGUCGUGUCGGCUGUUCCCUUGCGUUUAAGUGAACAACCUGCCAGGUACACGGCACGCAUACCUGAGUUGGACAACUUCAGGAGGUGGGCAAAGUUAAUGGCCGAACGCGAGGUAACAGACUUUAAUACGAUAGAUGGAAGUCCAAAUUUGCAAACUCUUCAUCGUGAAAUUGAUUGGUUGAUCUCAGACAAUAUUGCAAGUGUGCAAGGUUUUGGUCAGAGUCUGAACUCUGUCAAACACGUAUCCUCUUUGCUGAACUCAUCGGAGCUCUAUUCCGUUACGCUCAGAUUAUCUAUUGAAGAACUUGAGCAUCUAUGGAGAAAACGCACGAUGGAGAGAGUCCCAUUGCAAUAUCUUACGCAUACAGCUCACUGGCGAGACCUUGAACUAACUGUCAGUGAUGCAGUACUGAUCCCAAGACCGGAGACUGAGCUCUUGAUAGAUUUUGCUGAAGAGAUAUUGAAUAGGCUAGAGCUGCAAUUGGAUGGCACUAGUACAUGGAAUCAUCUACUUUCAAGCCCAUGGCUUGACCUGGGAACCGGAUCCGGGGCCUUAGCAAUUGCUAUGGCGCAGGCUUUGCAGUCCAGAGGGAGGGAAACAGUCCCUUUAGUACUCGCCACGGAUAAAUCUAUUGAAGCAGUUGAAGUGGCGAAACAUAACGCUACUACUUGUGGGGUUCAAGAUGUUAUCCAAGUACUGAAUGGUUCAUGGUUUGAACCUAUCGAUGACAGCAUUCGCUUUGCAGGAAUCUUGUCAAAUCCUCCUUACAUACCAACUGAGCUAUUAGGCUCCCUGCAACCAGAGGUUUAUUUGCACGAGCCGCGACUGGCGCUAGAUGGAGGCGUCAGUGGCGGUCUACUGCAUAUUACUUCUAUUUGCGCGAAAAUAACAGAUUUUCUGUUACCCGGAGGUCUGUUUGCAAUAGAAACACAUGGUGCAGAACAAGCAAAAUUUGUGGGACGAUUACUGGAACAAACCAGGGCCUUUGAUGAUAUACGGACAAGGGCGGAUUAUGCUGGAGUAUGUCGAUUUGUAACUGCCCGAAAACAACGUUGA